GCGACAAAAACAUGUAUUCACGUGUGCGCGCGGCGCCGAAUGUCACUCUCACAAUCAGCUGCGCUCGGCUGCGCCCAGCUGUGCCAGGCGUCCGGCGAUGAUUAACGGUGUCGCAAAAAGCGUUGCGAAGUGUCGGUUCGCGUUAGUUGCUUAAACAUAAGCACAGUCGACGGUCGACAUGGCACGCGUCGCGGCGGAGCCGACGAUAAGUCGUACUUGCGCGUUUGUCGCCGUGAUACUUUUGUACGUGAACGCCGGUCAUUGUUUGCGCGAGGAGAACACCAAGAUCGCCGACGGUUCGCCGGUGCCGGUGGUGCUCUGGCAUGGAAUGGGUGAUAGUUGCUGCUUCUCUUUCAGUCUUGGAAAAAUACAGCAAAUCAUCCAAGAUGAAAUCCCUGGAGUUUAUGUCCAUUCCAUACGUAUCGGGAACAACGAGAUAGAGGAUGUUGAGAACAGCUACUUUGGAAAUAUUAACGAGCAAAUAAAGCACGUGUGUGAGCAACUGUCGCAAGACCCGAACCUCCAAAAUGGAUACAAUGCCAUUGGCUUCUCGCAAGGGGCACAAUUUCUGAGAGCAGUAGCUCAAAGAUGCCCCAAUCCACCAAUGCUGAAUUUGAUAUCUUUAGGCGGUCAGCAUCAAGGUGUUUUCGGCAUACCAAAGUGCUCGGACUCGUCUCGAUUGUGCAAUUACAUGCGUCGUAUGCUUCAUCUCGGCGCGUACUUGUGGUACGUGCAAAACUCGCUGAUACAAGCUUCCUAUUGGCACGAUCCCUUGCAGGAGAACGAUUAUCAAAAGAAAAAUCUCUUUCUUGCCGAGAUCAAUAAUGAAAAUGGUAACAACACGGAGUAUAAGGACAAUCUUCAGAAGCUUCGAGCUUUAGUUCUCGUUAAAUUCGAGAACGACACGAUGGUCGAACCAGUAGAGACAGAGUGGUUUGGAUUCUACAAGCCCGGCCAAGCGGAAGAGGUGCAGAAAUUGCAGCAAAGCGAGCUGUACCAACAGGACUGGCUCGGAUUGCGCGCAAUGGAAGACGCCGGCAAAGUCUAUUAUCAUUCACUACCUGGUGAUCAUUUACAAUUUACGGCCGAUUGGUUCAUCGAAAAUAUAAUUAAAAAGUAUUUGUUAUAAUUGAACAAACCUGUGUGUGUAAAUUUAAGAAUUCAAUGAAUUAGAUGACGUAGAUGCGUAUGACACAUACAUAUAUAGUGUAAAAAAAGAAUAUUAAUAAAAAAAUCUACAUUUUAA